GUUUUUCUGAACUGCAGCGAGGUGCUUUGCUUCAGCCGGUGUGAUGGCGAGCGACCUUGCAGUGUUGAUGCGGCUGGUGGCUUCAGCCUACACCGUGGCCGAAAAGGCUGGAACUAUUGUCCGAAAAGUGGUUCAAAGCGGAGAACUGGGUAUCGUUGAAAAGACAGGAGCCAAUGAUCUACAGACUCUGGCUGACAGGCUUGUUCAGAAGAGUAUAUGUGCAUCCCUGUCGAAGAGCUUUCCUAAAGUCACCAUCAUCGGGGAGGAGGAAUUACCAGACGAGGAUGUUGAAGAGGAGCUUUUAGAGAAUGGGUACAACAGCCUGAUUCUACAAAGGUCUUGUCCGGAUCAAUAUGCCAGCCUGAAGGAGGAAGAGCUGGUUGUGUGGGUUGACCCUCUUGAUGGCAGUAAAGAAUAUACAGAAGGGCUUUUGGAUCAUGCGACAGUGUUAAUAGGCAUUGCUUAUGGAGGGACAGCCAUUGCUGGAGUCAUCAAUCAACCCUUCUACAACUACCAGAUGGGGACAGGUGCUUCUUUAGGCAGAACGUUAUGGGGAGUAUUGGGUUUGGGCGCAUUUGGGUUUCAGCUUCAGGAAGUCCCAGAUGGUAAAAGAAUUAUCACUACUACACGGUCCCAUAGCAGUAAACUUGUAAUUGACGCAGUGCAAGCCAUGGAGCCUCAUGAUGUCAUCCGAGUGGGAGGAGCUGGGAAUAAGAUCAUCCAGCUGGUGGAGGGAAAGGCCUCUGCUUAUGUGUUUGCCAGUCCAGGAUGUAAAAAGUGGGACACAUGUGCACCUGAAGCCAUUUUGCAUGCAGCUGGAGGCAAACUGACAGACAUGCAUGGUAAUGCAUACAGAUAUGAUGCAAAUGUGAAGCACAUGAACUCUGCUGGAGUGUUGGCAACUCUGAGGAAUCAUGAGUACUAUUCAAGCAGAGUGCCACAGGCUGUCCUACAGGCACUUCCUUCUGACUGAAUCAUAGCAGGAUAUGUCAUACUAUAAGUCAUACUUGAAACUGUUGUGCAUAAAGCACAAAGCUGUCCUUGUCAUUUUUGAUUCAAUCAUGGUUUAGUAUGGUUUUUAUUUUAACUUUAUUUCUUAAUUUACCACCACUAAAAUUAUUAAGAUUUCAUUAUUUACUGAGUACAUUCAGAACAUGUUUUGAUCCAUUUCCAGUAGAGGAUCAAUUAAACCGUU